UAUUGCGGUGGUUGGGGUGGGUGUGGGGGAGGUGAGCUGGCCCUUUGAAGAUAAAAAUUGUGAGUUUAGGGUAAAAGGCCAUAAACAGCUGGCCGCAUCUGGUCCCCAAUUAAGUACAUUUAGGGAGGAGCGACAGCAGCUGAACAAACCAAGCCUAUAAAGGCGUCUAAUUGCUCCUAACCCCGUGGACGCAUCAGGCUCUCCACACAUAUAAAAGGCCCAAAGAUGACCAAGACCUAAACACCUCCUCCACCGUGCCCUCAGUUAGGACAUCUCCCUCCUCAGAGCUUCCGUGCCCCAAAGAAGCACCAUGACUUGUGGAUCUUACUGUGCUGGCCGCGCCUUCAGCUGCGCCUCGGCCUGCGGGCCCCGGCCCGGCCGCUGCUGCAUCACGGCCGCCCCCUACCGCGGCGUCUCCUGCUACCGCGGCCUCUCUGGGGGUUUCGGCAGCCGCAGCCUGUGCGGGGGCUUCCGCGCCGGCUCCUGCGGCCGCAGCUUCGGAUACCGCUCUGGCGGCGUGCGCGGGCCCAGCGCGCCCUGCAUCACCACCGUGUCGGUCAACGAGAGCCUCCUGGCGCCCCUCAACCUGGAGAUCGACCCCAAUGCGCAGUACGUGAAGCAAGAGGAGAAGGAGCAGAUCAAGAGCCUCAACAACAGGUUCGCUGCCUUCAUCGACAAGGUGCGCUUCCUGGAGCAGCAGAACAAGCUGCUGGAGACCAAGCUGCAGUUCUACCAGAACCGCAAGUGCUGUGAGAGUAACCUGGAGCCGCUGUUCAGCGGCUACCUCGAGACGCUGCGGCGGGAGGCCGAGCUAGUGGAGGCCGACAGCGGGAGGCUGGCCUCGGAGCUCAACCACGUGCAGGAGGUGCUGGAGGGCUACAAGAAGAGGUAUGAGGAGGAAGUUUCUCUGAGAGCGACAGCUGAGAACGAGUUUGUGGCUCUGAAGAAGGACGUGGACUGCGCCUACCUCCAGAAGUCGGACCUGGAGGCCAACGCGGAGGCGCUGACCCAGGAGGUCGACUUCCUGCGGCGACUCUAUGAGGAGGAGAUCCGUGUUCUCCAAGCCCACAUCUCGGACACCUCGGUCAUCGUCAAGAUGGACAACAGCCGGGACCUGAACCUGGACAGCAUCGUGGCCGAGAUCAAGGCUCACUACGACGACAUCGCCAGCCGCAGCCGGGCCGAGGCUGAGAGCUGGUACCGCACCAAGUGCGAGGAGAUAAAGGCCACGGUGGUCCGGCACGGGGAGACCCUGCGCCGCACCAAGGAGGAGAUCAACGAGCUGAACCGCCUGAUCCAGAGGCUGACUGCCGAGAUCGAGAAUGCCAAGUGCCAGAACUCCAAGCUGGAGGCCGCCGUAGCCGAGGCCGAGCAGCAGGGCGAGGCGGCCCUCAAUGACGCCCGCAGCAAGCUGGCCGGGCUGGAGGGCGCCCUGCAGAAGGCCAAGCAGGACAUGGCCUGCCUGCUGAGGGAGUACCAGGAGGUGCUGAACUCCAAGCUGGGCCUGGACAUUGAGAUCGCCACCUACAGGCGCCUGCUGGAGGGCGAGGAGCAGAGGCUGUGUGAGGGCGUUGGCUCGGUGAAUGUCUGCGUCAGCAGCUCUCGCGGUGGCAUCGUCUGUGGCGAUCUCUGCGCCUCUGGUGCUGCCCCUGCGGUCACCACGAGCGUCUGCAGCGCCCCCUGCAGCGGCAACGUGGUGGUGGGCACCGCCAACGCCUGCGCCCCCUGCACCGUGGGCUGUAAGAGGUGCUAGGAGGCCCCAGCCUCCGUGAGCGCGCGUCACCGUCUGCCUCGGCCAGCCAGGACCCCGCGCAACCGGACCGCCGCCCCUCCCGCUGCCCCGCGCACCAGCCGCCAGCCUCUGGGGAACCGGUCGCCAGAGGUGUGCACUCUGCACGCCCUCCCCACCUGCUCCCUCUGUGCGCCAUCCCCCAGGCGCCGUGAGCCUGGGGAGGCGGGGCGGCACCUCUGCCUCUUUCUGUAGCUUCUCCUAGUAGUCCAUUUGUCGUCCUGAGGAUUCAUCCUUUCUUCUGCUUUCUGCUUUCUGCUGGAUUCAUUGGUCCUGCCUGACCCCUUCAUCGGAGCAUGGAUGAACAGGGCAGGCCCCACAAUCUUCCUGUCUGCCUGUACCUGUGGAAUGGAGAUGGGGAACACUGAUGGAGGUUUUCCUGUGACUCUGUGGGGGACAUGGCCCGUGGGAGGGGAGAACAUCUCCUUCUAGGGCUGCCUCUAAAAAGCCAAUGACUCAACUGCCUGCCCAUUUGUUUGCCUUUGUGUCACUCUGUUUCCAAUAAACUCAUUGUAGCCGAUCAA